CUUUGCAGGAGAUAGCCACAGAUCUCCAAGCCCGGACUGUGUUGGCCACAAUGAAGCAUUGCUUCAUCAUCCUCUUCCUCCUGUCGUGUGGCAUCACCCUCCGCGCAGAGCAUGCUCGGACUUCCUCCUAUUCUGGGGAGUAUGGGGGGGGAAGUGGAGAACGCUUUUCACAUUCUGGGAACCAACUCGAGGGGCCCAUAACUGCCAUAAGGAUCCGAGUUAGCAGUCGUUACAUUGUGGGUCUUCAGGUCCGUUAUGGAAAGGAGUGGAGUAAUUACGUCGGCGGCAGUUCAGGAGAUCUGGAGGAAAUCUUCCUGUUCCCAAGGGAGUCCAUCAUCCAAGUAUCUGGGAAAUACGGAUAUUACGUUCGCAAAUUGGUCUUUGUCACUGAUGAGGGGCGCUACUUUUCUUUCGGCAAGGACGAUGGCACCAGUUUCAGUGCGGCCCCGCUCUUCCCAAACACAGUCCUGCGUUUUAUCAGUGGCCGUUCCAGUUCCGUCAUUAACGCCAUUGGAUUCCACUGGGAUAAAUAUACUAGCGGUUGCGGCGUUUGUAAAGAGGAGGUGCAGGAAGAAGAGAACAAAGAAAGCGUAGAGUAGAAGGCAGCAGAAAGCCUUUUCUGCUAUCAGUGAGAUCAGUGUAAUAAGUUCCUUCCGCAUCUAAAGGAUACUAGUCUUCCCUGCCCUGUUGCCAAUUAUCUGUCUCUCUACGGAUACACGCUAAACCAAUAAACCGUACUAAACCCAAACCACUUUUUUCCAACCUGUUUCCCACCCUUCCUUUAUCACGAAAAGGAAGGGAAAGAAAAGCUACCACGAUCUGAUCUGGCCUAGACUUUGGUUUGGAGCUGUUCUUCCCACUAAAGGACUAGCCGUGAACACUGUGGCUAAUAAAAAGCAAACUGGAAAUGAA